AUGAGCGGCACCACCACCACCGCCGCCAGCGUACAUGACGCAGAGUCGUCGCCGGCCACCAAGCAGAAGAAGAAGAAUGCUUCUACGCCUGUGCAUUAUCCGUUCUGGUUCGGCGGGAGUGCCAGCGGUAUGGCUGCAUGUGUGACACAUCCGCUCGACCUCGUCAAGGUCCGACUGCAGACUCGCACCGGCGAUGCGCCGAAGAACAUGUCGGGCACAUUCGUCAGCAUCUUCCGAAAGGACGGACCGCUGGGCCUGUACAGCGGUCUGUCGGCCGCCCUCCUCCGGCAGCUGACCUACUCCACCGUCCGCUUCGGCAUCUACGAGGAGAUGAAGUCCCGCUUCACCGCCGGCCCGGACGGCGAGCAGAUCAAGCCGUCCUUCCCCCUCCUCGUGGCCAUGGCCUCCAGCUCCGGCCUCGUCGGCGGCGUGGCCGGCAACUUCGCCGACGUGCUCAACGUGCGCAUGCAGCACGACGCCGCCCUCCCCGUCGAGAAGCGUCGCAACUACCGCCACGCCGUCGACGGCAUGGUCCGCAUGGCCCGCGAGGAGGGCCUGGCCAGCUGGUUCCGCGGCUGGCUGCCCAACAGCGGCCGCGCCGCCGUCAUGACGGCCAGCCAGCUCGCCAGCUACGACGCCUUCAAGAGGCUGCUGCUCGAUUACACCCCCCUCGGGGACGACCUCACCACCCACUUUUCCGCCUCCUUCCUCGCCGGCCUCGUCGCUGCCACCGUCACCAGCCCCAUUGACGUCAUCAAGACCCGCGUCAUGUCUAGCUCGCACAACCUUGGCAUCCUUCGUCUGAUCGGGGACAUUUAUCGUACCGAUGGUCCCGGAUGGGUCUUCAAGGGAUGGGUGCCCUCUUUCUUGCGUCUCGGACCUCAUACGAUAUGUACCUUUGUCUUCCUCGAGAUGCACCGUAAGACAUAUCGAAACCUCAAGGGACUGGAAGAGCCCACCCUGUAG